AAAAUAUAAUCUUAUUUGGAAAUUCAAUUUUGUUUCCUUUUUAAAAGAUAUCAAAUAUCAAAUAUUAAAUACUCAAAGAGUAUUAGUCGGUGAAUCUAGAGGGAUGAACCCAAGAAUUUCUCAUAUAAGAGACCACAAGAGGUUCACUCCAAACUGCAAUUUUGUUAUUUCAUGUAAAAGAGAUGAAGUCAAUCUUAUCCAGCACUUCUCUCGACUCUUCCUUCUCUCUCUCUAAACGUUACUUCAACUGGAAGAAGAAGAAGGUUCAAGAAGAAGACGAAGAGGAGGAAGAAGAAGACGAUCACAACAACGAAGAAAAGAUCUUGACACGUUUCAACUUUUCCUCCGACCCGACACAACCAGAUCAGUUCCAUACUGAACACGUGAUGCAAAAGAAGACGAAAAAGACAAUAGAGAAGAUCCGUUACGCACUCGGUUUCUCUAGUCCGAGUCUAGGUUUCCGGGUCGUGGGUACGUUAUUCGGAAGCCGUCGUGGACAUGUGUACUUCGCCGUACAGGAUGACCCGACCCGUUUACCAGCUGUUUUAAUCCAGUUACCGACUCCGACAAGCAUACUCGUCAAGGAAAUGGCUUCAGGGCUCGUGAGGAUUGCGCUAGAAACGGCAGCGUUUAAGACGGACUCGAAGAAGCUUCUUGAAGAGUCUUCGUGGAGAACGUACUGUAACGGCAAAAAGUGCGGUUAUUCGGCGAGGAAAGAGUGUGGAGAGGCGGAGUGGAGAGUGUUGAAGGCGGUGGGGCCUAUUACGAUGGGUGCCGGAGUCUUACCUGCGGCGGCAACGGCGGGGGAAGAAGGGAAUGAAGCGGUGGGGUCCGAGAAAGGUGAGCUCAUGUAUAUGAGAGCCCAGUUCGAGCGGGUUACCGGGUCGAGAGACUCGGAGGCCUUUUACAUGAUGAAUCCUGAUGGGUCAAGUGGUGGGCCUGAGCUUAGUGUGUAUUUUCUAAGGGUUUAAGGGAAAGAAAAAAAACACAAAUUAGUAAUGAUUAAAGAUUGGUAGAUUGUGUUUUUGACUAUGGUGUUUUUGUUUAAAUGAUGGGAUAAUGUCAUAUGGGAAAUGUUAUUUAGAAGCAAUAUUGUAUGAAAUCAUUGUUUCUUUCGCAUAUGGUCAAUAUUUUGGACUAUCUUAAUGCAAACGUUUGUUUCUCUACUAAACAUGACUUGAAUGACUGGAAAAUUUGAGUGAAAUAAUUGAUUGUAAUUUUUUUUUUUCAAAUAGCUACAAAAACAGGGAGAUAUCUAAAGUACAUGUGCUUUAAAGUUUAAAUUUUAUUAUUCAGUCUGUAUCAAUUUUGAGAAUAGAUAAUCAGGUUUUCUCAAGGUAUGUGUAUCUUCUUAUUCUUAUUAGUAUCUAUCUAAACUGAAUUAUAUAAUUAUUAAUUAAUUAACCAUUUUUUUAGAGCAAAUUAAUUAACCAUAAAUUAUUAAUUUUGUUAGAUUAUUUUCUAUCCGAAGUCCAAACUUAUCAAAUUUAGUUAAGUAACCACAAAUCAUUUAUUUUGUUAGAUUAUUUAUAACCAAACCUACCAAAUUUAUGAUUAUUCUCUAACCGAAUUGUUCUAUAUAUAAACAAAUUUUACAAUAAAACUAAACAAAUUUAUUUUAAAUGUUAUUACAAACUUAAAAGCAUAAUUAAAUAGAUCAUAUUCAUUGAUAUAUCUACAUGUAGUCAAGUUUAUUUAUUUCUUUAAAUAAAAUUUAAUGCUGUAAAAACAUAUCAAAUUUUAAACAUAGGAGGAAAUGAAAAGAGAAAACUAUUUAAGACCAAAAACAAACUUUAGUAAGAAAAUCUACUCAAAGUAAAGAAAGAUGCAAAAGAAAGUACUAUAAAUAAAGUUUGAUUUCUUGGAAAAUUAUAUAACAAUCAUAAGAUUAAAAUAAGAGAAAUAAGAUAGGAUUAAGCUUGAUUUUGUAAGAUCUAAGAAUGGCAAAAUGGAAUUCCAUAGUGUUAAUAAUGAUGGUGGUGAUUGCUAUUGUGGUCACAGUGGAAGCAAAGGAAAAUAAACAUCGGAUCAAAUGUUUUCACAAAUGUACUAAAGUUUGUAAGCCUCACGACGGCAAUUGUCAUGCACUUUGUAAAGAGAAAUGUCGUGGCUCAAAGCCUCCUCAUAUCCAAGAGGACCCCCACCCCUCCCCCUAAACAACGAACUUUACAUGGGAUGACAUGCUGUGGAAGCUCGCGGAAGAAAAGAAUGAUAAAAUAUACAUAGAAAGUUUGUGAUCAUGUUUGUAGUCUUAAAUUCGUGUUAAAAUCGAAUAAAAUAUUGAUAAUCUAUAUUAUUAAAGCACAAUUAUUAUAAAAGUUUAAUAUACAAAGUAUUCGGAUU